AUGAACUAAACCAAACACUUUCAAGAUUGUGAAAAAACUAUGAAGGAUUGGUAAUUAUGGGCUGAGAACCAACAAAUUCUCAAUCCUGAAGAACUGCCUCCCUUGCAUUUCACUCCCAAAGACCAAAAAAACAAGAGUGCUUUCAAAUUGUUCAAACUUGAUCAUAUUGUGGAAGUUAAAAAAUAACAUCCUGAAUAUGGCUUCAAGGAGAGAUUAGAAACACUCAAACACAUGUGGCGUAAUCUCUCCAAAGAUGAAAAGUUCGUAUAUGUUCAGAAAAGUAAAACAAUUAAAAUUUUGAAUUGA